AUGGAUGUUGCAUCCGCAUCAUCGUUUAAUUUUUUCCGUUUAAUAUUUCGGUGGAAGGGUAGCAUUUGGAAGUUGUGCCUCAAGGAACUUUGCAUUUGGACAUUGGUUUUUCUGAUUGUAACAUUCAUUUAUCGGUCAUCUUUUUUUUUAACUUACAGCCAAAAAGUAAUAUUUGAAAAGCUCGCAAAUUAUUUCGAUACUCAUCUUAAUUAUAUCCCACUGACAUUUAUGCUUGGCUUCUUUGUUCAGACUGUCGUAAAACGUUGGUCGGUACUGUUCGAAAACAUGGGCUAUAUCGAAAGCACAUCUAUGUAUAUUGGCGGAUAUGUAAAUGGUAUAGAUGAUGAAUCUCGGUUAUUACGCCGAACCAUGGCACGCUAUCUGUGUUUAACACAAUUACUUAUCUAUAGAGAUAUUAGCAUACGUGUACGGAAACGUUUUCCAACUUAUGAUAGCAUCAUUAAAACAGGAUUUAUGUCAGAAAAUGAAUACGAAAUAUUGAAAUCAACUCAACCGGAUUUUGAUAAAUAUUGGGUACCUAUCAACUGGAUUUAUGCACUUAUUUUUCGUGGACGUAAAAGUGGUAAAAUUAUAAGCGAUGCAAUCGCCUGUAAACUUUGUGAUGAAGUCAGAAGUUUUCGACACCAUCUUCAGAUAUUAUGCAAUUAUAACUGGGUUCCAAUACCAUUAGCAUACCCACAGCUGGUAUUUUUAGCUGUUUAUGUUUAUUUUGCAAUAUGUUUAAUUUCACGACAGUUUAUAAUUACGGAGCGUGACGUACCAAAUAAAAGCAACAUCGAUUUAUUACUGCCAUGUGUUACAAUGAUGGAAUUUAUAAUAUUUGUCGGAUGGAUGAAAGUAGCCGAAGGCCUUUUAAAUCCAUUCGGUGAAGAUGAUGAUGAUUUCGAGAGCAAUUUUCUAAUUGAUAAAAACUUGGCAGUAUCAUUAUGUAUCGUCGAUGAUGCAUCCAAUGAUGCGCCAGAAAUGGAAAAAGAUCGAUUCUGGUCAAAUAGCAAAAUAAACGAAAUUUAUUCUAAAAAAUCUCUGAUAGUAUGA